CCCGGCGGCGGACGCGGGGCAGGGAGAGGGGCGCUCGGAGGGACGGCAGCGGGGGUCCCGGCGGGGGCUGCCCAGGGCCAGGGCCAGGCUCCCGGAGCUGCACAGCAUGGACCCCCCGGAGCCGGAGCCGGAGCCGGAGCCGCCUGCCCCCACUGCCGCUGCGGAAGGAAAUGAAGUGAAAUACGAUACGAACAAUAAUGAGGAGGAGGAGGAGGAGGGAGAGCAGUUCGAGUUUGACAGCGGAGAUGAGGUUCCAGAAGCCGACAGAGGAGCCCCGGGCGCCCCCGAGGCCGGGCACGUGGGAGCCGCCGCCCCCACCAGCUCCGGAGGGGAAGACGGGACGGGGACCGACCUGGGCGCGCCGGUGGAACCGACCAAGCUUGGGGCCCCAGCGAGAGUGAACCCCUACUCCGUCAUCGACAUCACGCCCUUCCAGGAAGAGCAGCCCGCGCCCCCAGACCCCGAGGCCGAGGAGGAGGGCGUGAGCCUGCACGUGCCCAGCGGGUACUCGGUGCCCGUGCCCUGCGGCUACGCCGUGCCCUCCAGCCUGCCCGCGCUCCUGCCCGCCUACGCCAGCCCCGUCAUCGUGCGCGCCGUGUCCCUGGACGAGGAAGAGACGCCCGAGGUGGGGGAAGACGGCCAGUGCAACUGUCUGAGUUCCGAGGACCCAGCAAACAGUGAGGACCGGGCCCAGGCCGGGGACAGCGCCCUCGCCCGCUGGGUGGCCGAUCCCGCCAACACCGCCUGGAUGGACAACCCCGAGGAAGCCAUUUAUGACGACGUCCCGAGAGAGGAGUCGGACUCCGAGCCAGAUGAGAUGAUCUACGACGACGUCGAGAACGGAGACGAGGGCGGAAACAGCUCCCUGGAGUACGGAUGGAGUUCCAGUGAGUUUGAAAGUUACGGGGAGCAGAGCGACUCCGAGGGCAGGAACGGGGUCCCCCGCUCCUUCCUGCGCAGCAGCCACAGGAAGCAGCUGUCCCACGACCUGGCCCGGGUGAAGGCGCGCUAUGAGAGAAAGAUGAGAGAGUUGGUGGCCAGCACAGUGGGCGCGGGGGAGAUUCAGCAGCUAAAGCAGAAGCAGGAGCUGAAGGUGCAGAAGCUGAUGAAGGCUGCCAAGGAGGGCACGCGGGACGGGCUGGAGAAGACCAAGGCCGCCGUGAAGCGGGGCCGCUCCUUCAUCAGGACCAAGUCCUUCAUUGCCCAAGAUCCCAGGCCGGGCCUCGAGGAGGAGCAGAGCGUGUUCAUCGACGUGGACUGCCAGCACCCCGACGCCGUGCUCACCCCGAUGCCUGAGGGGCUGACCCAGCAGCAGGUGGUCAGGAGGUAUAUUCUGGGCUCGAUUGUCGACAGCGAGAAGAACUACGUGGACGCCCUCACGCGGAUCCUGGAGCAGUACGAGCGGCCGCUGGCGGAGAUGGAGCCGCGGGUGCUGAGCGAGCGGAAGCUGCGGGUGGUGUUCCACCGCCUCCGGGAGGUGCUGCAGUGCCACCGCCUGUUCCAGAUGGCGCUGGCCAGCCGCGUGGCCGAGUGGGACGCCGUGGAGAUGAUCGGCGACGUCUUCGUGGCUUCGUUCUCCAAGUCCAUGGUGCUGGACGCCUACAGCGAGUACGUGAACAACUUCAGCGCGGCCGUGGCCGUCCUCAGGAAGGCCUGCUCCACGAAGCCCGCCUUCCUGGAGUUUUUGAAGCAGAGCCAGGAGUCCAGUCCAGACCGCGUCACGCUCUACAGCCUGAUGACCAGGCCCAUCCAGAGGUUCCCGCAGUUCAUCCUGCUGCUCCAGGACAUGCUGAGGAACACGCCCCGCGGACACCCCGACCGGCUGCCCCUCCAGAUGGCGCUGACGGAGCUGGAGACGCUGGCAGAGAAACUGAACGAGAGAAAGCGAGACGCGGAUCAGCGCUGCGAAAUGAAGCAGAUCGCGAAAGCCGUGAACGAGCGAUACCUGAACAAGCUUCUCAGCAGCGGGAGCCGGCACCUCAUCCGGUCCGACGACGUGAUCGAGACCGUGUACAGCGACCGCGGGGAGGUCCUCAAGACCAAGGAGCGGCGGCUGCUCAUGCUGACCGACGUGCUCAUGUGCGUCACCGUCAGCGCCCGGACGGGCCAGGACAGCCACGCGCUGCUGCCGGCCGGCCAGAGGCACCUGCUGAAGUGGAGCGUGCCGCUGGGCCACGUGGCGGUCGUCGAGUAUGGUCACCCUGAGGGCGCCGCCGAACACCCCCCCGAGAGCCUGGCCGUGGUGGCCAACGCCAAGCCACACAGAGUCCACGUGGGGCCCGGGCAGCUGUACCAGGACCUGCAGAACCUGCUGCACGACCUCAACGUGGUGGGGCAGAUCGCGCAGCUCAUCGGGGACCUGCGGGGGCACUACCAGAACCUGAACCAGGCCGUGGCCCACGACUGGGCGUCCGGGCUGCAGCGGCUGGUCCUGCGGAAGGAGGAGGAGAUCCGCGCCGCCGACUGCUGCCGGCUCCAGCUGCAGCUCCCGGGCAAGCAGGACAAGUCCGGGCGGCCCACCUUCUUCACGGCCGUGUUCAGCACCUUCACGCCCGCCUGCAAGGAGUCCUGGCUCAGCAGCCUGCAGAUGGCCAAGCUCGCGCUGGAGGAGGACAACCACAUGGGCUGGUUCUGCGUGGAGGACGACGGGAACCAGGUCACAAAGGACAGACACCCGCUCCUCGUGGGACACAUGCCGGUGACCGUGGCCAAGCAGCAGGAGUUCAAGAUCGAGUGCGCUGUCUACAACCCCGAGCCCCACCCGGGCCGCGCCGGCCGGCCGGACCCCACAGGCGCAGCCCAGGGCUUCCUGUGGAUCGGAAGCUGUACGGGCCAGAUGGGCCAGAUCGCCAUCGUCUCCUUCCACAACUCCAACCCCAAAGUCAUCGAGUGCUUCAACGUGGAGUCACGCAUUCUCUGCAUGGUGCACACGCCCGCGGAGCGGGGCCCCCAGCCCAGCCCCGCCCCGGAGCCCGGGGCCGCGGCCGGGAGCGCGCCGGGCGUCCCCACCGUCUGCCUGGGGACCGAGGAAGGAAGCAUCUCCGUCUACAAAAGCAGCCCAGGCGCCAAGAAGGUGCGGCUGCAGCAGUUCUUCACCCCCGACAAGGCCGCGGUCCUGAGCCUGGCCUGCACGCCGCGCAGCCUGUACGCGGGCCUGGUCGAUGGGGCCGUGGCCGUCUACGCGAAGGCGCAAGACGGAUCCUGGGACGCGGAGCCCCGGAAGGUGAUAAAACUGGGCGUGCUGCCGGUCCGGAGUCUGCUGAUGGCGGAGGACACGCUGUGGGCCGCCUCGGGAGGCCAGGUCUCCGUCAUCAGCGCGGAGACGCACGCCGUGGAGAGCCGGCUGGAGGCGCACCAGGAGGAGGGCAUGGUGGUCUCGCACAUGGCCGUCGCCGGCGUGGGCAUUUGGAUCGCCUUCACCGCCGGGUCCACGCUGCGCCUGUUCCACACGGAGACCCUCAGACACCUCCAGGACAUCAACAUCGCCACCCCGGUCCACCACCUGUUACCAGGGCACCAGCGGCUGUCCGUGACCAGCCUGCUCGUCGGCCACGGCUUGCUGAUGGUGGGCACCAGCCUGGGGCUCGUGGUGGCCCUGCCCGUCCCUCGUCUGCAGGGCAUCCCCAAAGUGACAGGGCGGGGCAUGGUCUCCUACCACGCACACCACGGGCCCGUCAAGUUCCUGGUCAUGGCCGCCGCGCCCAGCGCCGACAGGGACAAGCCCGGGGACAGCCCGCCGCCCGGCCCGGAGCCGCAGGAGGAAGACCGGAAGGACGCCGCCCCCAGCGAGCGCGCCGGGCCCUGCCCCAGCCCCAGCCCGGGCGGCCCGGACGCCGCCGUGUGGCUGGGGGGUUCGCUGGGCUCCGGGACGCACAGGAGCGAGCUGUCGGGGUCGUCGGGGUCCCUGGAGCCCCGGCCCGAGGACAGCACCCUCCAGGACCUCCUGCGGCACCCCAGCACCCUGCCGGGCGGAGGGCGCCGCGCCCGGAGGGCCAGGGUCAGCUCGGUGCUGGUGGCGUGCGGGGGCCAGGGCCACCGGCGGGUGGGCAGGCGGCCCCGGCAGCAGCGGCCCGAGGAGCUGGCCUCCUCCGUCAUGGUCUGGCAGAUCCCCCUGCUGCACGUGUGACACGGGACGGCCGCAUCUGCACCCCGGGACCACGCACAACAGCUUCGGGGAGAAAUGUGCAAUAUCGUGGGGGG